CCUGUACUGUGUCUGCAGUCUCUGGUCAUCUCCUGUACUGUGUCCGCAGUCUCUGGUCAUCUCUUGUACUAUGUCCGCAGUCUCUGGUCAUCCCCUGCACUGUGUCCGCAGUCUCUGAUCAUCCCCUGCACUGUGUCCACAGUCUCUGGUCAUCCCCUGCACUGUGUCCGCAGUCUCUGGUCAUCCCCUGCACUGUGUCCGCAGUCUCUGGUCAUCCCCUGCACUGUGUCCGCAGUCUCUGGUCAUCCCCUGCACUGUGUCCGCAGUCUCUGGUCAUCUCCUGUACUAUGUCCGCAGUCUCUGGUCAUCUCCUGUACUAUGUCCCUAGUCUCUGGUCAUCUCCUGUACUGUGUCCGCAUCUCUGGUCAUCUCCUGUACUGUGUCUGCAGUCUCUGGUCAUCCCCUGCACUGUGUCCGCAGUCUCUGGUCAUCUCCUGUACUGUGUCCGCAGUCUCUGGUCAUCUC